AUUUUCUUUAAGUUGGCAAAGUUUUGUUUAUUCGUGUUGGCAACAUUUGCCGCAUCUUUCAGUGACAUUUUGCAGAAAUCGUGUUUUCCAUUAGUUUUUCUUGAUUUUUCCGCUUUUUGAUGCAAAUUUAACAAAAUACCGAUAAUUUUAUGCGAAUAGAGUAAGAAAUCGGACUAAAACUGCCACAAAAUGACCACAGAAGAAAGGCUUCAUAUCGAUUGGGGUAAUGAUAAAUUACAUAGAACCCAAAAACAGGUGGAAAGAAAUCCUUACGACUUGGAAGCAUGGUCAAUUUUGCUUAGGGAAUCUCAAACAAAACACAUAUCUGAAGUCCGAGCCCUAUACGAACACUUAAUAGGUAUAUUUCCCAGUGCUUCAAGAUAUUGGCGAAUCUACAUUGAACAUGAGAUGAAAUCCAGGAACUUUGAAAGAGUGGAAAAGCUAUUUCAGCGAUGUCUCAUGAAGAUAUUAAAUAUUGAUUUGUGGAAGUUGUAUUUAGCCUACGUAAAAGAAACGAAAGCAUCUUUACCAACCUACAAAGAAAAAAUGGCGCAAGCCUACGAUUUCGCCUUGGACAAAAUCGGCAUGGACAUCCACUCUUACACGAUCUGGAACGACUACGUCAACUUUCUGAAAGGCGUGGAAGCCGUCGGGUCGUAUGCGGAAAAUCAAAAAAUUUCCGCGGUCAGAAAAGUUUAUCAAAAGGGGAUUAUCAACCCCAUGACCGGUAUGGAAACUUUCUGGAAAGAGUACAUAGCCUUUGAAACGGCUAUCAACCCAAUAAUAGCGGAAAAAAUGAGCAUUGAGAGGAGUAGGGACUACAUGAACGCCAGAAGGGUGGCAAAAGAGUUGGAGGUGCAGAUUAGGGGUAUAAACAGGAACGCCCCCAGUGUCCCCCCUAACGGAACUCCAGAGGAACGCAAACAGGUCGAGUUGUGGCAAAAAUACAUCGCAUGGGAGAAAGCCAACCCCCUUAGAACAGAAGACACCGCCCUCUUGACCAAACGCGUGGUUUUCGCUUUGGAGCAGUGCCUUUUGUGUUUGGGCCACCACCCGGACAUCUGGUACCAGGCGGCGCAGUUUUUGGAGUUCAGCUGCAAGAUUUUGGCGGAGAAAGGGGACGUGAACGCUUCGAAGCUGUUCAGUGAAGAGGCGGCGAAUAUGUUCGAGAGAGCGACUAGCAGUCUUCUUAGCAAGAACAUGCUGCUGUAUUUCGCUUACGCUGAUUACGAGGAGGGCAGGCUCAAGUACGAGAAAGUUCACCAGAUUUAUCAGAAGUAUUUGGAUAUCAAGGAUAUCGACCCCACAUUGGCCUACAUCCAGUACAUGAAGUUCGCGCGCCGCGCCGAGGGCAUAAAAUCCGCGCGCGGCGUGUUCAAGGUCGCGCGCGAGGACGCGCGCUCCAAGUACCACAUCUUCGUGUGCGCCGCAUUGAUGGAGUACUACUGCAGCAAGGACAAGAACAUCGCGUUCAGGAUCUUCGAGCUCGGGCUUAAGAAGUUCGGCGACAUCCCCGACUACAUCUCCUGCUACAUCGACUACCUCUCCCAUUUAAACGAGGACAACAACACCCGCGUCUUGUUCGAGAGGGUCCUGUCUUCGGGCAGCUUGGAGAACGAGAAAUCCGUCGAUAUUUGGAACAGGUUUUUGGAGUUCGAAAGCAACAUCGGGGACUUGCAGAGUAUCGUGAAGGUGGAGAAGAGGAGGUCGGAGGUUUUAUCGAAGAUUAAGGAGUUUGAGGGGAAGGAGACUGCUCAGUUGGUGGAUAGGUACAGAUUCAUCGAUUUGUUCCCGUGUUCUCCGCAAGAACUUAAAAGUAUCGGCUACACCGAGGUGAUAAACAUCACCGGCGCCGCCAAAAACCACAUCCUCCACUCGAUGAUCAACAUCGACAGCGAGCAGCCGCUCCCCAACCCCGACUACUCGCAAAUGAUACCGUACAAGCCGAAAACGAACCCGCUGCCGGGCGAGCACCCGGUGCCCGGCGGCGCCUUCCCCAUGCCGCCCGCCGCCGCCCACCUCUGCACCGUCCUCCCGCCCCCCACCUGCUUCCGCGGACCCUUCGUCCACGUCGACACCAUGAUGGACAUCUUCAGCAGGCUGCACCUGCCGGAAACAGUUCCGCUUCCGUCCGAGAGCGGCGACAUCCGGUUGUUUGACCUCGCCAAAUCGGUGCACUGGAUAAUCGAAGAAGGCGGCGGUAUUAAACGCAGGAAGCGUAUUGGUCUGUCGCUAGAUGGCUCUGACGACGAAGAUAUGCCGCUACCGCCCUCCAACGACAUCUACCGGCAGCGGCAGCAAAAGCGGGUCAAGUAGAUUCCUAUUUUUUGUGCGUGUUUUCGACUGAAUCAUCGGCAACGUUGCAACGUUUUUUGUUCGUGAGUUUUUUCAUUGUGUUGU